CGGAAGUUCUCGGGCGGGGCCUCAGGCGAGUUCCGGUCGCGGUUUGCCGGCCGCCGUGCGGGCUUUGUCGGAAACUGUGUGGGCUUUGUUGGUAGCCUGCGGGGCUGUCGGUGGCUUGGGCGUCAAGCCUUCGCGGUCUUCUCGCCACUAGGACUUGAGCAACAGGUGGUGACUGGCUGAGAGGCAAGGCUGGAAUGUCCUUUUACCAGUAUGGAUGCACAACCUGAGCUUCUAGUGCUAUAAGGCAUGUCCCAGGAUUCUGCUGCAGAGUGAGAUGGUGAUAAGAAGGUGACUUCAAAGCUUGAAUUUCUGAGGAUGAAAAUUCCCAUAAGACGAUGUCAGACACACUCACCAUAAUGGAGCACCCUACCUCUGAGUCUAGAGAAGUCCGUGAAGCCAGGUUAGGGCAGCUGUUAGGAAACCCAGAAGGACAGAACCUAGGGAGUCCUUCCUCUCAAGAGGAUGGGUUCAAACAAGUCACAGUGACCCACUGGAAAAUCCAAACAGCAGAGACAGCCCAAGUUUGCAGUAAGCCAGGGAGAAAUCCUAUUCUGAACCCAAACCUUCUUAUACUUCAAAGGGAGCUUAUAGAAGGGGAGCCCCAUCUCAGUAGUAUUUGUGGUAAAAGCUUCCCAUUUAAUUCAGACCUAGUUAAACAUCAGAUUUCUCAUACUGGUGAGAAGCCUUAUAAAUGUGAGCAUUGUGGAAAAGACUUCAGUCAGACCUCACACCUUGCAGAGCACCAGAGAGCCCACACUGAAGACAGAUUGUAUGUGUGCAAUGUGUGUGGGAAAGACUUCAUUCACUACACAAACCUUGCUGAACACCAGCAAGUGCAUAUGGGAGAAAAGCCAUUCCGAUGUGCUCAGUGUGGGAAAGCAUUUUGUCACAGCUCAGACCUCCUUCGGCACCAGAGAGUUCACACUAGGGAAAGGCCUUUUGAGUGCAAAGAGUGUGGGAAAGGCUUCAGCCAGAGCUCCUUACUCAUUCGCCAUCAGAGAAUUCACACAGGUGAAAGACCUUAUGAGUGUAAUGAAUGUGGGAAAUCCUUUAUCAGGAGCUCUAGCCUUAUUCGGCAUUAUCAAAUCCACACAGAAGUAAAGCAGUAUGAGUGCAAGGACUGUGGGAAGGCCUUCCGCCACCGCUCAGACCUGGUCGAGCACCAGAGGAUUCAUACUGGGGAGAGACCCUUUGAGUGUAAUGAAUGUGGAAAGGCCUUUAUUCGCAGUUCAAAACUUAUUCAGCAUCAGAGAAUACACACUGGAGAGCGGCCCUAUGUCUGCAAUGAGUGUGGGAAGCGCUUCAGCCAGACGUCCAACUUCACUCAGCAUCAGAGAAUCCACACUGGGGAGAAACUCUAUGAGUGUGAUGAAUGUGGGAAGGCCUUCUUCCUGAGCUCAUAUCUUAUCCGGCACCAGAAAAUCCACACUGGUGAGCGGGUAUAUGAAUGUAAAGAAUGUGGGAAGGCUUUUCUGCAGAAAGCCCAUCUCACAGAGCAUCAGAAGAUCCACACUGGGGAUCGGCCAUUUGAGUGCAAAGACUGUGGGAAAGCGUUCAUCCAAAGCUCUAAGCUGCUGCUCCACCAGAUUGUGCACACAGGGGAGAAGCCUUAUGUGUGCAGUUUCUGUGGGAAAGGCUUCAUCCAGAGAUCAAACUUCCUUCAACACCAGAAGAUGCAUACUGAAGAGAAACUGUAUGAGUGUAGUCAGCUUGGAGAGGGUUGUACGCCACCUCCUGACUUUAUUGACCAGGAGGCCCUUUCCCUAAAUGAGACUCCUACAUGUUUAAGUGAGCUCACAGGGCAGGAAGGUCAUAUGGGUAAUUUAUGAUCACUCUUAACUCACAGAGUGGUGUUUAGAGAUGGGUGGAAUUGGGGUUUUUAUAGUUUCCAAGAUUUGGAUGUGUCAGUUUCCUGAAACCUGGAGGGGCUGUGUUUGGAGUGGUUUGGUGCCUACCACUGGACGGUUGGCUUUUGAGUUGGAACAAGUUGGAAGAAAAGAUUUCUAGAUUGUAUUGAUAAAUACAACCCCCUCUUGAGUUUGAUCUUGGCAGAGCAGAGCUGUGAACUUAGUCUCAUUACUUAAGAGAGGAUUGCCUAUUAGGCUAGAGAACAUUUUCUCGGGUUACCUGUUGUCCUGGGGAUACCACCAAGCCUCAUGUUCUGCAUCUGAAGGCUUUAAUCUCCUUGGCUGAUCAGUUCCCAGCCACACAGUUUGUAUGUCCCACUUCUUGCUCUCUGCCCUGCUCUGCUGACUUAACUCAUCUUGCAAGGCCCUGGCAUCAUUUUAAGGAACAUUUCCUUUGCACUUAGCCAGCAAGUUUUCCAUGCUUUUGAGGCUCGGCACUUACCUCUUAUUACUGAAUUAUGAAUCGUUUCUCAUUACACUCAGUUCCUUGAUACUGAUCUUGUCCUGAUUGAGUCCUACAUCCCCAGUGCAUAGUAUGCAGCCAUAAAAAGCACUCUACAUCUGUAAUUGGCAGCUCUUGCUUUGUCCUUUAUUGCUAUUUUAAAAUUUUGAGGGUUGUGUGUGUGUGUGUGUGUGUGUGUGUGUGUGUGUGUGUAUGGCCUGAGUUGCUGAAUUACCUGUCUGUAUUGGCACCCUCAUUGCCACCUAGAGCCUCACCUGCAACCACCUAAUGUCCUCAAUGUCCCCAGGUACUUGAGGGGUGCAUGACUCCAGUAUACUGCACAACUUUGUCCUAGCUCAUGUCUUUUGUAGGGGGAUCAUUAUGUCUGAGUCACUUUUCUUGUCACGGGAUGGCAGUGAGACAUUGUAUCUGAUAACCACAAUUUAAAGGUGGAAAGGUUUAUUUUGGCUCAUGUUUGCAAAAGUCUCAGUCCAUGUUCCAUAGGUUCCGAGGAAGAAAUAGCAUAGUAGAGGGGCUUAGCAGAGGAAAAUUGCUUACAUCGUGGAGGCCAGAAAGCAAAGCGCAUAAAGGAGAGCAGGAGAGGGAGAUAUGUUAUGUGCCCAUUGACCUGCCUACCAGGCCCCAACUCAUGACACUGCAUUCAGCUGCUAAAGUUAAUGGGUGAAUGUCCUGAAGAAUGUAGCACCCCCAUGUUCUAGUUGCCUUCCAAAAGCCCAGCACUGAGUACGUGAGAGUUUUGCAGGAUAUUUUAGUUUUAAACCAUAACACAGCAGCUCCAAGAUUGACUCAUAUCUUUUUUUUUUUGGUCUUUUUCCUUUUUAUCGGUACCGGGGAUCGAACUCACGACUGCCUGCUGGCAAGGCAGGCGCUUAUGCCGCUGAGCUAAAUCCCCAACCCCUAUUGACUCAUAUCUUGACAAUUUCUUGCCCUCUGGUUCAUAUUAUCACUCAUUUGGAAACUUGAAUUGUAAGGAAUAGUUCUGAAGAUUGGGAAAGUAAGAGGCGACCUGCACUACAGUACUGUGGAGUACAGUGGGAAAGACAUGACGUUCCAGUGAGUGAAGUGCCAAAGUGGAUGUGUGCUCCAGGUCUUGUUGGUGCAUUAUAAGGUGACUAGUGGCAUGGCAGAUCUAGGAAGCCUUCACAGGAGAUGUGACAUUUUAACUGGCUUAGAUGCCAGUAAGUGCUUUUUCACUGGAGGAAAAGGAUGAUAUGGGAGAGGAAGUUAGACAAACACAGGCAGGCUCACCAGGCUGCUGCUUGGUUGGGCAGCUGAGAAGGCAACUUUGGCACAUGGUAAAGUCCCUUCAGCAGAACUGCAUACUGUGGCCUUUGAUUUGGUAAAUAAGCAGUUCAUCUGAACAUUAACUGAAGCCAGCUUUGACAUGAUUUAAAAAGAAAAUUUUUUCCUCAUAAAGGCAUAUUUUGCGUUUUUAACAAAUCCUGACAACCCUUGAGGGAACACAAUUCAAAAGGACAUACAAAACCUACUUUGAAAAACUCUCUAGAGAUGUUUCACAUGGUAAAGAAGUAGGUGAUACGGACCAUUUUAAUCAGUACAACAAAAUGCCAACUCUAAGUGUACAGAGCUUUGGGAAAUGCUUAAAUCUGUUUUAUCCACCAUCUUUAAUCAAGAUAAGCAAAUUUUCACCUAAAAGUUUUCUUUCCCAUGAGCCUACCCCCACCCCAGUAAUUACUUUGUGUCAGUGUAGAUUAGUGUUGCUUGUUAGAAUGUCAAACACGUGGACUACUGUGUACUCAUUAGUGCCUGACUUCUGUCCCUUCAAUGUGGUUUUAAGGUUAACCACAUUUUGUGUUUUGGUAGUUCUUGUUGCUAAUAUCCCAUUGUAUAGAAAAAUCGUCAUUUGUUAUUCAUUGAUCUGUUUAUGGAAAUAAGGGUUUCCAGUUUCAAGUCUGAAGAAGAAACUUACUGGGGUUUGUAGCUUAGUGGUAAGGUCCUUGCCUGGCAUGCAUGAGGCCCUGGGCUCAAUCCUUACUAUUGCAAAAAAAAAAAAAAGUUGCCAGGCAGGUGUGGUUACAUGUGCUUGUUACAUGUGCAUCUAUUUGGGACACGGGAGGAUUUCGAGUUUAAGACCAGCCUGGACAAUUUAGUAAGACCCUAACAAGGGCUGGAGAUGCAUCUCAGUGCUUUCUGGGUUUAAUCCCCAUUAUUACCAAAAACAAAAAAGGAAUAAAACUGCUACAAACAUUUA